AUGUGUUCGUCUUUUACUUUCUCUCGUCCGACUACUACAACCGAUGAUCUCGAGAACCUUUACAAGGUGUACGGGAUCGAUCAUUCCGUCGUCCUUGAUUUGGCCGGUGCACAUGAGACUCCCGAAACCGUGAGAGAAUGCUACUAUGGAGCUUAUCUUUCCUUCUUUCACUCAUGCGGUCUUAUCUUCCCGAUCCCGGAGCCAAUACUCGAGGUCUUGGCGGAGCUUGGGUUAUCGCUUACCCAGCUUCUCUCGAACUUUCUUAGGCAUCUCGUCGCCUUCUUGGUUAAGGCUAGGGAGGAAGGUCUCGCUUUUGGUCUUAGCGAGUUUCGUCAAUUCGUUCUGGUGAAGCGGAAUAACCAGAAUCCUGGUACUUUCCUCGUAUCUCCGCGUCCAGGUCGCCACGUUAUCGAGGAAAUUCCUUAUCGCGACGAGAAGUGGCGAGAGCAAUUUUUUGUUUUCAAGAUGGAUCGAGCAUCUAUGGGUGAUUUCGAUUUCUCCCAGCUUCCCCGGCGUUGGGCCGAGAAUACCGUUCCGUCUGGAAGCUCCUUAAUGUUAGAUGAGAUCCGUGGUCUGAUGAGGGUCCUUCGGAGGGGUCGUUCGAACUGGUUUACUUUCGAUCGAACUCAGAUUCAAACUGUCUUUGCCUUACCGGCGGGGAUCGACAGGGCUCCUUUGGUUGAGGAGUCUGGAGACGAGGCCGAACAUUCCCAGGAGGUCGUAGUGACUCCUUCUGUUCAGAAUCAGUCUUCAGAUUGUCUAACUAGACAGCUUGUGAGGAGAUCGUCGUUCCAAACUUCUGGGUCUACAUCGAGGACCCGAGCUUCCGGGAAAUCUCCCUUGAUCUCGAUUCAUGAUUCCAACGACAAAGAUGUUUCAGGAGAGACUCGACCUCCUGUCUCGUUGAGUCCUGGCUCAGAAGAUGAGAUUGCGGCGGCGACUCGCAAGCGACGUCGGUCAUCAGAGGGUGUCUUGCCCGGCUUGUCUCGUCCUAGGUUCGUUUCUGAGGGAGAUGAUUCCUCGUUUUCGGCCCAAGGUGACAUAAUUUCCCUCUCUGGUCGCAUGAGGUCUGCGUGUUGUCAUCUCCCAUCUCUCGCUUCUUUGGUGGAGAGGGAAGCCUAUGCCAAGGUUGUUGUGGCGAGCUCUAAGGUGAUGGAAGCUUUUAACGAGUAUGUCGUGACGAUGGAAGAUCAUGUCGUGGCUUCUCGGAACGACAAGGAGAUCGAGAGCAUCGGUUUUGAGAUCAAGAGGCUUUCAGAGGAGCUCGAGACCACUAAGCGAGAAGGGAAGACGGAUGCCGAGAAGAUCGAAGCUUUGACUGACGAUUGGAGGAGAGUCCAUCUAGAGAACGAGGCUCUCACGUCCCAGAUGGUCGCUCAAAGGGCGAGGAUUGCGGUGCUCGAAGUCGAGAGAGAUCGGGACGUUCGCCUUGCUUCUCGCAUUGCCCGUCGCGAUAUCGUGGAAAAGUAUCGGAAAGUUCUCGAAUCUUUGAAGGGUAGGUGGGCAAGCAAGAAGAAAGAAGUGUCUGCUGAGAUCUGUCUACAAGAAGUGGACGCCAACAUCGAUCUCCUGAACGAGCAUAAAGAUGGGGGCCUGACUGUGGAUGCCAAGCUUGCACGAUUAAAGGAAAUGGAAGGUGACUGCGAGGGUCUCGUCGCCCUAGCCGCCGUGCCGGAUUGGUCGAUCUCCGAGCUCGAUCUUCCUCAAGUCUCAGAUGAUUCGACGAAUCAAGUCGGGGGGUUGUCUGUCCCCGAUGAUUCUGGUUCUAGUUAG